CUUGGGAUCUUUGGUUGGAUUCUUCAUACAAAUUAAAAUAAUAACGAGAGCUGGCGUGGCAAGACAGGAGAAUGGGUUGAUAUUUCUGUAGCGUUUCUCUAAUAUGGAUGAAUCUUACACUUUUCAGGCAUUCUCAGAAGCUUACUCAAUCUUGGAAAAUGAGCUUGCAUGCCUCCUUGAUGAGUGUAAGACAAGGUCGGUACCCCCAUAUCGACUGCUGCCAAAAAUCAUCCCAAGUAUUAGUUCACUAUAGUGAAAAAUCUGCACAUGUCCCAGAAGGUAUAUGAUUUUCUUUUUAUCAAAGUUACUUGUUCAUUGGUAAUCAGAUGGAGCAUUUGAGUUUUUUUUUUUUUUGGCUGAAAUUAUGCUCUAUUUAAUAUUAGGAUGAUGUGAUCUUUACUAGACUUGAAGGGGGCAGUAUCCUGUAAUCUUUCUGGACUUCGUUGAGCAUCUAUGAGGUAAUUAUAUAAAGGUUGAAUGACAUAGCAAGGUUUAUAAAGAGCUUGCAUCUAAAUAAGGAAAUUUUACUUCCAUUUAGAUUGACUAACUUAAUUAACCAUGUACAUUUGUCUUUUUUAUCAUCCAAGAUGUGGAUUUCUUAUCACAGUGGCUCAGAUGGUGCUGCUAGGAAAGCUGCAGUCGUUCUGCCAGACAGGGUUGGGCCUUGUUUCAUGAAUUUCAAGUGAAUUUCUGUAACCCGAAGAUGUUAGAAACACGCUGGCCAGGCCGGGUGGAUUCGACGAGAGCCUCGGAUCAGGUUUCUAAAUCAAACCCGAAGUACCAGAAUUAAGAUAAUUAUUAUUUUUUUAUUUGCUUUUUGUUGUAUUGAAUUAUUCAAGGCUUUGACAUUAUUUUCAGCUUCAGGAGUAAGAAAGAACAAAAUUGAAAUCCCUAAUUCCCAAUCACUUCCUCAUCCUCACGGUUAAACAACGACCACACUUUGGCUUCAAAAAUUGGUCCAUGAGCACCUGUGUGCAAUUUUGUCACUCUUUCAGGGGACUGGAAUUGGGAACGAUUGCAUGGAAAACUCCCUGAGAAUGUUCUGUCUUUAAUUGCAGGUGCUGAAACGCCAAAGGAAGGACAAGGUGAUGACAAAACUCUUUGGGGGCUGGAGCCAGAUGGCAGAUUCAGACUCAAGUCAGCAUACAAGCUUGCUGCCGAGGAGCUCGAGCCAACAGAAGAGGAAGAAUGGAGGAAGCUUUGGAAGUGGAAAGGACCAAAGAGGAUCAGACACUUCCUUUGGCUGACAUUGCACGAGAGACUGCUGACCAACCAGGAAAGAGCUCGAAGGAAGCUGACGAAUGAUGGAAGCUGUAAGCACCCGGGAUGCAGCAGCCAGGAAACGACAGAACAUCUUCUUAGACAGUGCAAGAAACUGAAGGACUUUGGAGGAAGCUUAGACAUUCCGUCACUGUCUCUGAUAGCGGGAUUAUCGAAAACCCGUAGGAUGAAGAGAAGGGGAUUGAUUUUGGGAUCAUCCUGUGGCAUAUCUGGAAGCAGCGUAACGAAGAAAUCCCUUAUGGAAAGAAGUAUUGUGAACAAAGUCUGCUGCACCGGAUCCUUGCCUAUUUCAAUAUUGUGAGAAGUGCAAGACAAAACAUUGACAUGAUCAAGGCAGGGGAUAUCACAAGGAAAGAGAGGAGACAUCUUGCUUGGUCACUACCAGACGAAGGAUGGAUGAUGAUUAACACAGACGGAUCUGUGAAUGCUGAAGAAGGGAAAGCUGCUGGGGGAGGACUCUUGCGAGACCACCUUGGACGCUGCCAUGAGGCCUUCUCAAUGAAUCUCGGCAACUGCACCAUUACAAGAGCGGAGCUGAAAGGUGCUGAAACAGGAGUUGCAACAACAUGGAGGAAAGGAUACAGAAAAAUCAAGUUGUGUAUGGACUCUACCACGGCUAUAAGUAUCAUCAAGAACAGGGAUGAUGAUUGAUGACGACCAUAGAUAUGGUACCCUUGCGCUGGAGUUUAAGCGGGCUCCUUUCACUCACUUGGGAAGUUCGGAUUGAGCAUAUUUAUAGAGAGAAUGCUAUUGUGCUGCAGAUUUCUUAGCUAUUAGACGCCAUAGCCUUCAUUUUGGUACACAUUCUAUCGAUGUGUGCGAUUCAGGUCUUUGUCACUGGAUCAAUUUUGAUGUCAUGGGUAUAUCCCAAGAACGCCAUUGGUGUCUGUCUUUCUACCAAAAAAAGAAUAAAUAUAUGUUAUAUCGGUCAUUGGUCUUUGGUGUCUCAUUUCUACUGAUUAGCUGCUGCAUUUUCAUUUUCUCAUAAGCGGCAUUUUUUACUGAAAAGAUAAUUAGCAUGUUCUCUUUCGAUUCAGAUUAUCUUCAUUAUUUUACGCUGAGCAUAUCCUGGCCAGAAAUAGGAUGGGAAAUUCAUGCGGGCCAGUGGGGGUUUGUUAAGUAGCAGUCGUUAUUGUCUUCCCAGAUAUAAGGUGGCUGGGACACACAAAACUAAUUCUUCCUUACUCUCUCAUUUUAUUCCAUUUCUGCAUAUGGCGUUAAACAAUGCCAUUGCCAUAUUUAUCAAGUGUCUGGUAGUCGUUACUCAUUCUUUCUUUCCUUUUUGAAGUGCUUUAGUUCAGUAACUCAGAGAAGUGAUAUGCAUGCAUUGUGAUGCAUUGCACGCUUGGUGGGCUGUUGUUGACCACCAAGGUUAAAGGUUAUUUACUACAUUUAGCAGCUUGUAUCAGAUUCUGACAUAGUUAUUGGCCUUCCGUAGUGCAGUGUGUUUUUUUACCCAGAGCCAGUUCAGCAAACAGCAAUCGAGGAGCGGAUUCUGGAAUUUAAAACGGAAGAGGGCUGAUGUUGCUAUUACAAGUAGCUGCUUUAUUGAAAGAUCUGAUAAUCGGAAAGGUAUUAUUGUCAUUGGCCCUCUUUUCACGAUGAAUGUUCGUAGAGAGUUGGUCAGGCUAGCAGAUGAACAGUUUCCAACAAUAUUUAUGACAAUUUGUUCUCUUGGUGUUCAGGAAUAGGAAACCCUCUGUUCCCGAAGGAAAAUGGGGGAGGGGAGGGGAAGGGAAGGAAAUUAGGAGGGGAGGGAUAAUUUUGAGGUUAAGAAAAUUGAAAGGAAAAUUGUGUUUUACGGAGGAAAGUAGGAAGGAAAAUGUGUAUCGGAAAUUGUGAUGGAUAUAUUAUUUUAUUGGAUAUAUAAUAGUAAAUAAUUUGAUUAAAUUUAACCUGAAUCGAAUCGAAAGAGAACAUGCUAUUAUUGUAUUCCUGAGCAUAACCUGCAUUUUCAUUUUCUCACAAGAAAGGUUAAACUUAAUAAGUUGAUAUUAGUUUCAUUGUAUAUGAAUUGUAAAUUAAAUUUAACCUUUCUUAUUAAGUUUGUUCACCAUUAAAAAUGAGAUGCAGAUGGUUUCAAAUUUUUUUGUGAACCAAUUGUUAAUUUUUUAUGUUUGGUGUAUAAACUCAGGUAUCUUCGAUUCUUGGUAAUAUUAGUGAGCGUUUGGCAACAAAAAAAAACAUAAUUAUCUUUCUUAAAUUAUGUUUAACAACAAUAAAUAACAAUUGUAUUAUUAAAAUAAGAAAAGAGGAAAUAUAAAUAAUGAUUUUAGUGUAAACAAAUAGAAUGAGCUGACAUUUCUGAUAAUCUCACUUAUUAAUUAUCUAUUACAUUUAGAAACAAAAAUACUCUCCAACAUUCACUCUCACUUCACAAAAUUUGAAAUAGAAAAUCUUAAAACAUUAAAUAUAUCUUAUAGAAAGAACUUCUUCAACCAAGUAGAAAAUGUAUUUUACCUGAAAUGAUUAUAUUUUAUAGAAUGUGAUUAAUUGUGAAAUCAGAACUCAAGUAACAUUGAUUUAUACACUGAAUAAUAAAUUGUAUGUGUGGUUCAGUUUAGACAAAAUACAUAUGUGUAGCCAAAACAUGGAUCUUUGUGACAAAUUUUGUAAUUUUUUGUCACAAAUUUACACGUAAUAUAAAGAUAAAUUGGACACUAUGACGAAAAAGAGCAUCCUAGAAUCAUUCUCAGGCCAUAAAAUUUGAAAUGAGACUCUCAUUUCCAAUUUUAUCAUUUUAUUAUGUGUUUAUUUGUCACAAAAAAAUGAUUAUACUCGUCAAAAAAUUCCAUGUUUUAGUUACACUUAUGUAUUUUGUCUGAACUAAACAACAUGUACAAUUUAAUAUUAAUGUAUAAAUCAAUACUACUUGAGUUCCGAUUUCAGAACUAAUAUCUUUCUAUAAAAUAUAAAUAUAUAAGCAUCAUCACCAAACAUAUUCUUAGAGUUCAAUCAAAUAAAUAACAAUAAAUAAAAUGUGGCCUAGUUGGUUAUAAUGCUCUUUCUUCUUUCAAGUGACAAGGUUCAAACUCCAACGAUAACAUUUUGAAUAUGUAAACAUGAACUAGGUGCAAUGACAAAAAUGGCCUUCCUAGAAUCACUCUCAGGCCACGAAAUUAGAAAUGGGAGAAUUCCAACCCAUGUUUUGGCUUUAUAUAUUUUUAGAUUUAGAUGAAUUGUUCCCAGUCACCAACUGCUCCCUCCUAUCUCCAUAAAUCAAUAGCAGUUGUUUUAUAGUCACCAACAAUUCCUUCCCACCUCCCCCCAAAUCCCUCACCAACCUGUUGGUCUCAGUCGCCGCUCUUUAAGAAGCUUGUAAAGACGAGACUCCCUGCCCGAAUCGCUGCCCAACCCAUCAUCCAUAUUGCCCACCUGAAAUCCUCCAUCUCUUAUGCUGUCCUAGGGGAAGUAGUAAUCGACCAUGUCGCCUUCUUUUAUUGAAUCACUAGUAUUGAGAACUCUAGCACCUGGUUUCAAUUCAUAGGGUUUUAAUUUUCCCCAAUUUUGACCUGUGAUUGAGUUUGAACUUUCAUUGCGACGUGUGCAUGUCUAUUUUAAGGGGAAUCUGCUCUAGAUUCAGUACGCGAAAGUCCCAUUGGUGACAUUGGACUAUGAGAGUGGCUACAACAUGGUAUUGAAAGCUCGCGAUGGCUGGCUAUUUGGCUAGGUCCUGGCGAUCUCAUUGGGAAUUGUUGUGGGGGCUGCUGAAGGUCAGUGUCAUCCACAUAGCGCUUAUGAAAUAGGAAGUUCUACUGAUGUGGGACUCGAAGAUUGUGGACAACAAGAAUCCUUGUCUAAAGAAAGCUCUCAAGGCUCCUUAUUUCUCCAAGGUUCGCGCUUUUGCGUGGGGAAGUUACAAAGUUUAUAAUCUUGCAUUCACUAUUAAAUGUCAUUUAUCUAAACUAGAGUAAUGGCUAAAGUCACGUUGUUGUUCUUUGCAGCCUCAAUAUGCUACAAGAUAGAGAAUCAUCUUCAUAUCAAAGUUUUUGAUAUUGUUCUUCGGUACAAGUGAGCAAAGACUUCUAAGUUUUAAUGUAUUUGGAUUCUGAUGUGUGAUGAUGUUGUGAUCUUCACACACAUAUGUUUCACCACUUCAUGGGUUGUUAUUUAUUCAGGGGAAAUAAUUAGAGUGGGUGCUGAUGAAUGCACAUUUGGCUGAUCAUCGUACCCAAGUGAAACUUGAGAUGAGUAGUUUUGGAGCUAAAUAAUUAGCUACAGUUUGAAAUGUUAAUCAAGUAAGCUGAAAAAGCGAACAAUAUUCUUGUGAAUAAGUGUUAAGUAUAGAAGAGGAGGUAAGUUGGAGUUUCCAUUGCCUGUUAUAGAAUUAGGAACCAAGUCGGAAUCUUUAUUGCCUAUUAUGGUAGAAGAUAAUUAAGUGACUAUGGUUUCGAGAGAUAAACUUAUUUGGUGUUGGCUUUCAGGUGAGGGUUUCUUAGUUUCUAGAGAUCAACUUAUUUGGCGUGGCUUUCAGGUGAGGUAGAAAGAAACCAUGAAGGCUGACACUUUUGUUCACGGGGUUUAGGACUUGACUCGCUCUAAACUACACCGCGAAUUAAUCCCAACUAGAGACCAAGUUUUUAAACUCUAGCCGGGUUCAGUAUAGGACAAGUAUUUAAGUCAAACCCGAGCCGGUCCAUGUACCCCUACUUCAAUCUCUUAGGUUGUUAUCUAGAAAACGGUUUUGGGUUUUUAAAGCUAAGGAAACUAAAAACUGAAAACAAGCAAGAAAGUAAAUCGAGGUUGUCCCAAUGAGAGAAGAAUUCACCCGGGUAUCGCUCCCCCUAACCUCAUAUCAAGAUCGACCAAAUCGAAUGCAAAUGUGUGAAGGUGUGUUAUACACCGUUAGGAGGGCACAAUAACACCCAAGUUAAAGUGCUAAAUCGAAGGUUGAGGUUUUCCCUAAUUCACCCUAGUUAGGUGGGUCAAUUGGCCAAGGAAUCCCGCUUAUCAAAGCCUCCUAACAAAAAGGUGGUUUCCCUCUAACUAGGUCAAAUUGGCAUAGUAAUGAGAAAUGAAGAACACAACUCAAACAUCAUGAAAAUAACUCAAACUUUGCAUUAAACACAAACCCACAUACAAAGCAUUCAUUUAAUACAAUCUAUCACAUAUUCCAAGCUAGGGUUCACAACACCCAAGUGAAUAGGUAGGCUAUUCCAUAGCUAGGCAAAGGGAAACAAGAAAAAAGAGAGAAAGAACCCUGAAGAGAUGACAAUAUUCCUUCCUCCUUGCUUGAAUCUCACUUGAGAGGUAAGAAUCCUCACUCCUCUAGCUUAGGGCAAGCCCAAAUCUCCUUCUUCCUCCUUUGAAUGACACUUUCUCUCUCUAGCUUUGAAGAAGAAAUCCUAAUCUAUCAGUAGAAACUCUAUUUUAUUCUACAAACUAAAAAACUACCAAAAGCUCUCCCUUUCUCUUUCAGCUCACUUCCCAUUUUAUACCCAGAUCGACGCAUGUUCACGGUCCUAGUUCACGGUCGUGAACAUUCAUCCCGGACCGUGAAGUCGAGCAUAUUCGCACCGUUUCACUAAGUCACUUCACGGUCUGGGGCUGGAGUUGACGGUCGCAUCCAGUGAGAUGCGUUAACCGUUCUGCAACUUCGGCAAUUCACGGUCACGAUGCAAUUGUCACGGUUGUUACUUUGGACUUUUCUUUUCUUUUUGCGCUUUUCAACCUUCAAUCAACACGAAACUCGUCCUCGACCUUCCCACACGUGCUAGGACCUGAAAUGUAAUAAAACAAGCACAAUCUAGCGUAAAAUAGGUCAAGAGAUUAUGAAAUGCAAAGUCAAACUAUCAAGAAAUGAGAGGCAAAAUGUGUACAAUUAGACCCGAAUCAGGAUUGAAGUUACAACUCAACUCUCUAUAGCAAGGUUUGCCAGGCGAGCAUGUGAUGAUUCCUUAAUCAUGAUAUGCUCACUUAAUGUAAGAACAUAUACUCUGUGCAUAACUGACAUUGUUUGAUUAUGUGUUUUUUGAACCCUUCAGUCUACAUCCAUUCACCUAAUUUUACCAAUAUGAGAAUUUGUAUCAAUCUGUUUAACAAACUAUUUUCUUUCAUUACUGUUAGUGUAGCUAUAGAUAUAGGUUGAAAAUGAUCAAAUUUGUGGAGAAGAUAAGAAUAAACGUUUUGAAUGGGGCAUAAUGUAUCAAAAUGGGUGCAUGUGCAGCUCGUGGAUUAGCUUAUCUACACUUAGACUGUAAUUACAUUUUAUCUCUUAUUCCUUUUUGUGUAUAUUAGUAUUCAGACUAUGAGAUCCGAGAUUAUUUUAGUUUACUCUAUGAGAUGAAUAUAUUCAUGUUGGCUUCUGUUAUUUACCAUUAUCCUCCAUAGGUGAGCUACCUUCUUUCGGUCCUUUGGAGCUACCUUAUCAUGGUUGAUUUAUAGUUAGUUUAUUUAUUCCUUCUUUCCUGGGCCAACUUGAUAUAGGGGUAUUGGAAGAAUGUUGAAACAGAGAUUGUGAAGUGGUCAGACAUUAGUGAGAUUAGUGGUUUCAAUUAUAACAUCAUAGUCUUACUUUGCCACAAAAGAAUUCUGAUAAAAUUAUUUUUGUUACAUGUUGUCCUACUUUGCCUACAUUCACCAUCGAUUUCAUUCAUGUUUACUUCCAUGUAUUAGUUUUAGGUAUUUACAUAUCUAGCGCCUUGAUUCUUGUUUUCAUCAUCUAGUAGGUGGAAAUAGGGCUUGAAGAGCAUAUUAGGCUCUCUUGUGCUAGCUGAGACCAUUCCUCCUGAUGAUCAAAAUCAGUGUCUAGAAGACUGGCUAAAAGGUAAGUCUCUGUCAUGUUCAAACUUUUGUUGGGAUUUUGGCAUGAAUAUGUAUAUGGAUGGCAUUAGUUCAUCUAUUGUCAUCUUUUGGGUAUUCGGUCAUACUUUUUACUCAUAUUAAAUUGUGUUUUUCCAUGUUGAUAAUAUCUGAAGCUUUCUAUAGUUAUUAGCGUAAAUAUGUGUUGUUUCUUACUAAUGAUGAGCAUAUCGAUACACCAAAUGUUUUGUAGGUUUCCUUGUUUGCUCAUGCAUGUAAAUUUUGGGGAAAGCAUAUAACAGUUUAAGAAGAUUUGAGGUGUUUCUAGGUAGUUGUCAAGAAGUAUGUAGAUUGUAAUAUAUAGUAUAUUUCCUUGCCUCUUGAAAAAUUGUGUCUGAAAUAUACGACCUAAUUUUAAGUUUCUUACUAUAUUUUGUCAGGAUUAGAAGACUUGAAGAUUCGGGAGUUGAUAGAUAUUUCAGCUACUCAAGAAAAUCUUGUAGAAUCAUAGACCAAAAAUUUAAUAAUUUUAGAUGCUUUGGGCACACUAAUUGGAUUUGCAUUGGUUUUCGAGAGAUUCAUGUUACAAUAAUUAGUCUUUUUAAUUAUAUGUUGAUUAACAUUGAUCAAUAAAUUUUAUUGACAAUU